AUGAAUCGUGGGGGAGGCAGCAGCCCCAUGGAGGAACUAUCAAAGGCUACCCUGCACAAUAAUUCGCUGUGGUGGCUGGCUUGUGGGCUCCUCGCCCUUCUGGCCAACUCCUGGAUCAUCCUGAGCAUCACAGCCAAGCAGCAGAAACACAAGCCCCUGGAGCUGCUGCUUUGCUUCCUGGCAGGGACACACAUCCUCAUGGCUGCCGUGCCACUGACCACCUAUGCCGUGGUGCAGUUGCGGCGUGAGUCUUCUGACUACGACUGGAACGAGAGCAUUUGCAAGGUCUUUGUCUCUACCUACUAUACGCUGGCCUUGGCCACAUGCUUCACGGUCGCUUCCUUGUCUUAUCACCGUAUGUGGAUGGUGAGGUGGCCUGUCAACUACCGCCUGAGCAACGCCAAGAAGCAGGCCCUGCACGCUGUGAUGGGCAUUUGGAUGGUGUCCUUCAUUCUCUCGACAUUGCCCUCCAUCGGCUGGCACAACAAUGGGGAACGGUACUACGCCAGUGGCUGCCAGUUCAUUGUCAGCAAGAUAGGUCUGGGUUUUGGCGUAUGCUUCAGCUUGCUUCUCCUUGGGGGCAUUGUCAUGGGCUUGGUGUGUGUGGCCAUCACUUUCUACCAGACCUUGUGGGCACACCGCAGGCACCACCGAUGCCAUCACCAGACAAGAGAAGACGCAUCCUCUUCCUGCUCUUCAGCUCACAACACCUUCAAUGUGCCAGCCAUUGUGGUAGAGGAUGUUAGAGGAAAAAGGCGAUCGUCUCUGGAUGGUUCGGAAUCUGCCAAGACCUCCAUGCAGAUGACCAACCUCAUCAGCGCCAUCGUUUUCCUGUAUGACUCACUGACGGGGGUGCCCAUUUUGGUGGUGAGUUUCUUCAGCUUGCGCUCUGACAGUGCCCCCACCUGGAUGGUUCUGGCGGUGCUCUGGUGCUCCAUGGUGCAGACGCUGUUACUUCCGUCCUUCAUCUGGUCCUGUGAACGUUACCGGGCUGAUGUCCGCACUGUGUGGGAACAGUGUGUGGCGAUCAUGUCUGAGGAGGAUGGGGAUGAUGAUGGCACUGGUGAUGACUAUGGCGACGGGAGGAUCUGCAAGGUGCGAUUCGAUGCCAAUGGAGCUGCAGCUCUGAAGCGGGAUCCCCGGGAUGCCAAACUGCUUCCAGUGCAUCACAUGCUGUUGCCCCAUGACCGGGUGCACUACCUACAGGUCCCUAUUUCUCGGAGAAUGUCCCACGAUGAAACCAAUAUCUUCGCCUCCCACCGCUCUGCUCCUUCCUUCCUUCACAAGUGGUCAUCAUCUGAUGACAUCCGAGUGGCUGCCCCACACAAACCCGGGGGAGCCUCUGGCCUUCUGCCUCCUGAACUCCGCAACUACCAUCAUCGUAGACGGCCUCCUGAAGAUGAGCUCACCACGCUUCGGCAGUUCCUGGAAGCUGGUCUAGCUGCCCAGGGAACUGGACUGGGCUCUAGUGCUUGCUUCUUCCGUGAUGAGAUCACCACCUUCAUUGAUGAAACACCAGUGCCCUCCCCACUCAGCAGUCCACACCACUCACGCCUGCCCUUCACAGGGCAGCUUGAGAGACGCCAUUCCCUCAAUGGUGCUGGGCAGGAGGAUGGCCCUGACAGGGAUCGGCGAUGCUCACUGACUGGUGACAAAACCCCAUACCUCUUCAGUGGAGAACAGGAGCCUGGCAAAUGGACCGUGGCAGCCCAUGAGGCACAGACCUUCCAGGCAUUCAACCUAUGAAAUGGCACUGAAAGCAUUUGCCCACUCUCUGGAUUUUAAAGUAAAACUUCCAUGUUUCCCCAGUCCCAGGACCCAAGGGAUAAUUUAGGUCCUUUUGUUUCACACCAUGUUGGCAGGGAGGGGAAUGGUGCCCAUGGUGGGUCCUGAUGUGGUGGGUAGGAACGAAUGUGUGUGAGAGGAGGGGGGAAGUGGCCCUGUGGGAAGGAACCCCAGCAAGGCGGGCAAAUGUGAGCACAGACCUCCACCGCUCAUUGAGGGCACUUUUUGUCAGCUCCAUUCCUUUGGUAGCAGUUUGUGCCGCC